GAAAUAAACCAUUUCCUUUUCUCUCAUUUUGUUUCUCUAAAAAAAGCAGAGAAUUGGAUUUCUAGGGUUUCAUUUCUCAGCCUCACUCUCUCAUCACGUUCCAUUUCAUCACAGCCCUCCUUCUCGUUCCACCACCACCGCCCUCCCUACCGUCCCUCUCCCUCCCUCUCGGCCACCACCACCGCCCUCCCUUCUCUGCUCCGACGAUUUUUGGGAGAAUUUCAAGCAUUUUCCCCAAACUGCUCGAUCUUUGCUCGGAACCCUAAUCGCCCCAUCGUUCGUUUUUUGGGAGAAUUUCAAGCAUUUUCAGAUGGCAAGAUCACCUUCCAGACAAAGAAUAGUUGCCAUAGGUGCAUUUUAUGUCAGUUAUGUUACGAUUCGUUGGUGGAUGUUGUGUACUUAUCAUUUGCGUCGGUCGAUUGAGUCAAUGAGUUUACGUACAAAAUAUUUAAUGAGUUACCAUAAUAGGCGUGAAAACCUGGUGAGGAUGGUUUAUCAAAGUGAUGUUACGAGUGUUGUUAACAUAAGAAUGAAUAUACAUGCAUUUACAACACUUUGUGAUAUGCUAGAAACUAGAGGGGGACUAAAGGAUAGUAAAAACAUGCUAGUGGAUGAGCAAGUUGCUAUGUUUUUACAUACCCUUGCUCAUAAUGCAAAGAAUAGGAUACUAGUCAACAGAUUUAAUCGGUCCGGGGAAACUGUAAGUCGGUAUUUCAAGUUAGUCUUAAAUGCUAUAUGUCGAUUACACAAAGAACUCUACAAGUCACCCGUGCCAGUGCCAGAUAAUGAAACUGAUGAAAGAUGGAAAUGGUUUAAGGGUUGCUUAGGAGCAUUAGAUGGAACAUACAUUAAAGUUAAAGUCCCUGCUAUUGAUAGAAAACCUUAUCGGACAAGAAAAGGGCAGAUUUGUACUAACGUACUCGGAGUAUGUACGAGAGACCUUUUAUUUACGUAUGUCUUAGCGGGAUGGGAGGGUUCUGCAGCUGAUAGUAGAGUUUUGCGUGAUGCAAUCAGUAGACCCAAUGGUCUUAAAAUAACUCCAGGAACAUACUACCUUUGUGAUGCCGGUUAUACAAAUGGUGAAGGAUUUUUAACUCCAUAUCGAGGUCAACGUUAUCAUCUUAACGAUUGGUCUCGUCCUCCUACGAAUGCUAAGGAGUUCUUUAAAGCAGUUGACCUUGGAGAAGAAGAUGUUGUUCAAGAGACGCAAAAAAGCUCACCUGUUGAUAUUGAAGACUUUGAUUUUUUUGAUGAAGCCGUUCCAAAUGUUGAUAGAUCUGAAGGACAAACAGGAAGUGUAACAAGCAAGCGCAAAAGAGGUAGAAGAAUGGAUGCAGAUGAGAUAUAUCGAGAGUCUUGCAAAGAUAUCAAGGAAGUUUUGCUUCGAUUUGGGGAGAUGGUGGGUGAACAACUUAGCAAAGAAGGUAUGGAGGCUCGUGAAAUCUAUGAAAAGGUUAGUGAUGAGUUGAAAGGUUUACCAGGUAUCACUACGAAAAAACGGCUCAAAGCAGCUCAUUUGAUUGGUAAAGAUGUGGAUCUAGGACGUUCUUUUCUUGCGUUGACAAUAGAAGAGAAAAUUGAGAUGGUCGAGUUGUAUACCGAUGGUUCAAUGGGAUAGUUGUGUAUGGUUGAAGUAAUUUUUUUUGUUUCACCGUGGUUGUUGAAGUACCUUUUUUGGUUUCA